AUGACAGAUGGACUCGCUGGCGAAACAAUUCAUCUAGUUUUAGAAGGGGGCAAUAAUUGGCAAGCUCCUAUUCAAGAAGCUUUUAAUACAAAAAUUGGUCCCACUUGGUCUUUUGUUGUAUUGGAGCUUUAUAAUGGAGUAGCCAAAUUCCAUCAUUUCACGCCUUGUUCCGAAUCCACAGAUUUGUGGAUGGAUUGCGUAGUAUUAUGGAUAGUACCUUUGACAAAAGAAGGAACUCCAAUGAAAAAUAAGGUCGUCAAGCGAGUCGUAAAGAAAUCAUCACCGGAAAAAGUACUGAACGGCACGACGACACCAACAGCCACAAAGCCACCAGCUGGUCCUAAAGUAAUUCGCAAGAAAGCUAUGGCCUUUACAAAUAUUUCAGCUGUAAAUACCACAAAUGCUUAUCCUACUUCUGCAGAAGCCAAAAAAUCUACCAGCGAAAAAUUUUUAAAAUCCCGAGAAUCAGUAUUCCAUAACAAUGGCGAUGGUUCUACUGAUUCAGGUGUUUCAUUAACAGAUUCCGAUAAUGAAAAAUCUCAAAAAACGGAUGAAAAGUUUAGUGAUGAAGCAAAAGUCAUCAGUAAUGAACAGCGAGAAACAGAGAAUGUAAAAUUUGUUGCAGCAAAUGUUGCAUCGAAUUUGGAUCGAAGGCAUGGAAAUAAGGCGUCUACAGAUAUAAAUGGAAAUGAAUUAUCAGCAUCCUUCACUCUUUCCUUAGCUUAUUGCAUUACAAUGCAUUACGACAUUCAGCUCGGCGAUAUAAGGAGAGUGCAUCCACACUGGGACGAGCUUUGUGGUCAAAUUCUUAACAAUGGUUAUUAUGAACUUGUUAAGAAAGCUGAUAAACUAAUGACUGAUUGUCAAAGAAGUGUUCAUGAUAAACGCAAUCUUCACGAGGUACUCCCGCUUCUUACUAGUGUUCAAGUCCAUAUUCUCAAUCCCGUUGACGUAUUGCGACCUGCGCUCGAUGAAGGUGUAUGCUGCUUUCCAUAUGGAGAUUUGCUUGAUAAAACUUUCGAUAUUAUCAAUAAAGCUGAAAAAAUAAUGCGGGGCGAAAAUAAUUUAUUUGUCGACUGGAAGCCAAUUGCUGAAUUAGCUCGACGUGCACAAAUUCAUUUUAAAAUAACAAUGCAAAAUUCGAUGGAAGAAAGAUUAGGCGAAGUCGUUCGACUUAAAGCCAUACAACAAUUACAAAGAAUUGACAGUUUUAUGAUUGAUUCGACAGUUAAUAAAUUAGAAAAGGCUGCACAUAUGGCAAGAGACGAUUUGGAAUGGGAAAUCGAGCAAUUGCGUCAGCAGAAUUCUCAACUUAGAAGAGAUUAUCGUGAAUUGAAAAAGGAUUACAUGAGGCUGGAGGCACGAACAGAAAUACUCGAGAAUAAAUUUAAAACAAUGGCGCGUCUUCUCCAGUGA